AUGCCACCCCGAAUAAAACUCGUCACAUUCGACGCCCUUCACACACUCAUAACUCCCCGUCUGCCCAUCGCCGUCCAAUACGCACAGACAUUCGAGCCGUAUCUCGGGCCACUCGAUCCUAAGUUGUUAAACUUGUCUUUCAAACGAGCUUUGAAAGACCUCCAGAAAUCCAAACCACUCUAUGCCUCACCCUCACCCUCACCCUCUCCCUCUGGCACCUCCGAGCCAUCAUCCCAGAAUGCGAGCCCAGAUCCGACAUCCUGGUGGACCGAAAUAAUCCGCCGUACCGCUCUCGGCGCCCAUGCAUCCCCAGCUCUCGUCUCUCAACAUUUGCAGAGUAUCGUGCCGGUGCUGAUGAAAAGGUUUAGUUCGGACGAGGGAUAUAUGUUGUUCGAUGAUGUUGUGCCUUCUUUGCAGGAGUUGAAGCGCAUGGGCGUGAAGACGGGGAUCAUCACGAAUGCUGAUUCUAGGAUACGUGACCCCGAACAGGAACAGCCCCUAAUCCUCGUCUCCGAACUCCUCGGCAUUGAAAAACCCUCACCACGCAUCUUCGAGUUAGCAUGUACGCUCGCGGGCGUAAAGCUAGAGGAGGGGCUACAUGUUGGUGACGAAGUCGACGCGUGCGUUUAUCUCUCCCUCAUCGUUCCUGCUCGCACUCUAUGUGGCUGA